UUUAAGGUGAAAUCUCCUCGAUUUAGAAAAUGAAUAAGACUCACCCAAUAAAUAGCAAAGUUGAUAAGUGUCCUUCAACUUUAGGUGAUGAUAAGGUUAAAGACGUAUCAAACAAGUGCAUUUUAAACGAGAAACCACUAGAACUAAAGAACGGGCUUGUAAAUGGAAUAGUCAAUGUGAAUAAUUCUUCUGGAACAAAGAAAAAUGCCAAGAAAAAAAGGAAUACUCAUCAUAUACUAGAUGGUGUACAUAUUCAUGAAACAGAUGAGAACUGCAUUGUCAAUGAGAAGGUAAACCAAAGCAAAUCGGAUGACAUUCUAAAUGAAGAUGUAAAUAGUAUAGAUAGUAAAAAUGGCUCUAAAACAAGUCUAGACUCAAAUGAAAACAUUUCUUGUGAUAAACCUCCCCCUGAACUGCUAUUAGAAGCUCUAAAGGACGCUCAACCAGGUUCAAGUGAAGUGGAUAUCAGUGAUAUAGAUAGUUUGAAAAACAUUAGUUUAGAGAGUAAAGAUGAAAGUGUAUCCUCAAUCGAAACUGAUAAUGCACUAGCUGUUAAGCCAAAAAUAGAUUUUAUACAAUAUGAAUCUGAAUUGCAGAUGCCAAUGAUAAUGAAGAUUAUCCAAAAGGAUCUGUCUGAACCUUAUUCCAUUUACACAUAUAGAUAUUUCAUUCACAACUGGCCAAAACUUUGUUUCCUGGCAAUGUGUGAGGAUGAAUGUGUAGGAGCAAUAGUUUGUAAAUUAGAUAUACACCGUAAGGUCAUCAAAAGAGGCUAUAUCGCCAUGUUAGCUGUCGACCAGAAGUACCGCAAGCUCAGAAUCGGCUCUAAUCUUGUACAAAAGGCCAUUAAUGAAAUGCUUCUAGGCGAUGCUGACGAGGUCGUGUUAGAGACGGAGGUUACCAACAAACCUGCUCUUCAGCUGUACGAAAAACUCGGUUUCGUCCGAGACAAACGACUCUUCAGGUACUAUUUGAACGGCGUUGACGCUUUGAGGCUCAAACUUUGGCUGAGAUGAGUCUCGGGAUCUGAUACUUACGAUUUCGUUUUUGUUCUAGGACCGUCAUACGAGUUCGAUAGGUACGGUUUCGUUAGAGGUUAGCAAAGUGGUUGGUUCUUAAGAAAUUUUAUUGCUGUUGAUGUUUUUUUUUAUUUUCGAAAUGUUUCUUCGGUUAUUUGGUUUAUUCGAUCGAGAAAUGUAUGUGGAAGUUUGAAAAUGGUGGUUAUUGGAGUUAUUCGUUUAACAAAUAAUUUUACCUUUAUUCUGUUGCAAUAUACUUCUGGUAACGAAGCUGAAAAAGCACUUGAAAAAUCGAAAAAUUACUGCCCGCUAUUUUUUAACUGGCAUAUCUGGUAAAAGUCAAUAGAAAAGGGGUACCAUCUCGUCGGUAUCGAAAUUUUUUCUACGUCGUGGUUACGCAUAACUACACAUAAACUACGCAUUAUAGAGAAGAACGUUCAAGAUACGACUGUCUUGAAAAUACGUGCUCUUUAAGGGGAUAGUCGCAAAAUUUCGGCCCCAAUGCUAUUUAAAUGCAUUCAUUUUUUUCGAAUCCUGAGAAAACUAAUAAGUAUUUUUGAAAAAUUUAAACGCAGAAUGAAAGGUUAUGUUAUUACCUAGGGUCAGAAUUCCCUGAAAACUUCUAUAAUGUUUAUUUUAAUAAGUUACAGGGGUAAAAAAAAGAGAAAAUUUAGUGUGAUUUUGAAUUUCAUAUAUCUCUUUCAAAAGAAACUUUGUAUUAUUCUAAGGUAGUUUCGGCCCUCGAUAAUAAUGUAGUCUUUCAUUCUGCGUUUAAACUUUUCAAAAAUAUUUAUUAGUUUUUUCAGGAUUCGAAAAAAAUGAACACCAUGUCCGUGGUGAUAUUUUUCAAAUCGAACAUUCGCUAUCCUGAUCAUACAACGCACUCAGUCGAACAGAAUGUAAUGACAAGACAGUGACAAACAAGGCUACUAAAUAUUUGACACGGUUUCAGGAAUAUUUCGAGUUGUUUAUUAAAUAAUAUUGAUAGUGUAUUUGAUAAAUAAUUAAUUUAAGACGUGAAAUUAGUAAAAAGCUAUUUAUUGUUUAUUAUUUAUGGAAGAUCCAAGCAGAUAAUAUACCAGGAUAUAUUCUGCGAUCCAAGUAUUUUGUUGUUAAAUAUGUUCAAAAUUUAUCUAAGCCACGUGUUCUUCAUCAGUACAGGGUGUUUCUAAAUAAGUGCGACAAACUUUAGGGAUAAUUCUGCAUGAAAAAAUAAUGACCGUUUGCUUUAUAAACAUAUAUCCGCAAAUGCUUCGUUGCUGAGAUACGGGAGAUAUGCAAAAGAAAUUUGGUUGGUUUUAAGAGGUAGUUAUUGCGCAUUUUUUGACAUACAAUUAAGACAUACAAUUUGACAUAAAUUGACGUGCAUACGGGUAAUACGACCCGUAUCGCAAAUAACGUCCAGUAAUUUUUCCAUUUUUAAAUACUUCGUUUCCUGAUGUAUUAGUGUAACCAAAACUACAACAGGUACAAAACACUAAUGACGAAUAAUAAAAAAACCCAUUUACUCAUAAACUAUGAUAGCUAAAUAUCAUGUAUUAUAAAUUGCAAUUAAAUCUUUGAUAAAUAUAGUGUUUUUAGACUUGGCUGUGAUUUUAUUACUCUAUAUCACGACUUGAAUUUUUCACGGUGUAUAUUUUGAUCAAAUAAACUUGCAUUUUUGGAUAUAGGUCGCACAGUUUGUAGUGUCUAAGAAUAGACAAGAUAAGAAACACCUUUGAGAUCAAUCUGUGUAAAUUUCAGUUCAAACAUCACACAAAUCUGUUCUGAUAGAAAGUGAGUCAAAUUUAAACGGAUUGUGCCCUAAAAUUACAAACUUUCACAAAUAUUUCGUUCAUAUUGUUGUAUUUUUUCAGAAUAUAUUAUUAGUUGAGUUAUUUUCAUCUAGAUUUUAUCAUAUACAGGAUUAUACAUGUUAAUAUAUAUGUUUAUAUAAUUUUAACUGUUUUAAACCGUAUAGAUCCGGAUCGGUGAUCCGAUUCAUCGGAUCACUGAUUAGGAACGGUGAUCCGUUUCAUCUGAUCAUUGAUCCGGAUGUCGAGUAUGUAGCUAGCAAGGGCAUUAAUUUGAAUGCGGCAACUUCGCAUCACACGAAUAUGCACUGUUGUUCAUAAUAUGCGCGCUCAGAUGUCAGGCAAUUACCGAGACUCGGAAACUUCUUAACCUUUCACCAAUCAAAUCAUUUUAUUGCGUCGUGUACCUGUUAAUUUUAUUUUCUUAAAGCGUUAUUCACUUCGGUCAUGAAUUUAUAUUGUUUACAUAAAUACGAAAUCGGUCAGUUCUUUAAAGAUUUGAUUCUCUCAGUUAUAUCUGAGCCAUCUCUAGUAAAAAUAAUCAACAAAUACAGCUUUCGACAAUUGCUCGUGAUGCUUCAAAAAUAGGUUUAUUAUGUGUGGUCCGAAAAUUUAGAUAAGUCAAGUCAAACAGUCAAUUGAAAUAUCAAUAACUAAUAACCAAAUUAUCUUUAAUCCAAAUUGUUGACUGAUUUUCUUAUGUAUCUCGUUCAUGAAUAUCAAUAUCUAUAUAGUCUUCUUCACUAAGUUCUUUAAAUGUCUGAAUCACUAAGUAAAUCAUUCGUUUCGCCCAUCUCUAGUAAUAUUCAGAUAAAUAUUCUCACAUUCAGAUGAAUAAUCUUUUGUGCUUCAAAAAUGAGAUAUUUUUAUCUACAUAUAAAUUAUCUUUACUAUUUUUAUAGGGAAUAAGCUACAAUUUUAACAUUCACAAGAAAUAAUACGAGGAACAACCAGGCGCGAUACAGGGGGGUCAACGGGUCCAUGGACCCCCUAUUGUAUUUAGUCUAUAAGUAUUUUUUUAUUAUUUAUUAUUUUUUUUCUGUUAACUCUAAACUUUAAGCCAUCAGUACAACACUAAAUUAUACGACAACCGCUUCCAAAGAAUUGAUAGAAGCCUUAAAAUCUAAUAAAACACCCUUCUCUGAAAAAUAAUCCGCAGGCGCAUUUGUUUGGGUACCGGUGGAACCAUAAACAACGGAAAUAUUUUUCUCAAUUCAAGGAAUAACAAAAAUGAUAUUUUAAAAUGCAAAUACAUUACACUGUGUAUAAACCUUAUCUCAUGAAAAGUCACGUUUCAAAUUUGCGAUACAAUAAAGAUAUAAAAAUUUGUAUUUUACUAGAUAAUCCAUGCGUACCUACCCAUUGAUGGUAGAAAGGUUAAUCUUUAUGGUAAAGAACGACCAGUGAGAUUAAUAGUCGUGAAUUGUCUAUCAAUCCUUUUGAUACCGUAGGUAUCUGGGAUUAUAUAGUGUAUUUUAUCCUUAGAGGAAGUGUGAGUGGUAUGGCUAAAUCUGGAAAAUAUAAUAUUUAGUCUCAAGCUAGUAAAAGCAAUUCAAGAAUUCUUGAAAAUUGACUAAACUCUGUUGCCAAAUCUAUCCGCUAAAAAAUUUUUUCUAAUAAUUUUGAUUUUUCGGUAGAAAAAAAGGAGAAUUAGGUACAUCGGUAGAUUUAACAGGUAUUUGGUAUGUCUACCGAAAAAUCGGUAGCUGUGGCAUCACUGUAUUUGAGGUAAGUCUGCCCCCCCCCUAUUAUGAAUUUCUAGAUCCGCGUCCGAACAUAACAAUACCACACAUAAAAUGAUUAUACGAAAAACGAUAGGAAGCAAAUUCAACAUUUUAACAACAUUCAAAACAACAAACACAUUGAGAUCGAUUUUAUCUAAAACUAAACCUGACAAUGAACAAGAAAGAACAAAGGAUUAUAUUUAAUAAAAUACCUUGUGAAUGCGAACAUUUUUAUUUAGGUGAAACAUCAAGACCAUUUAAACGUUAGAAUAAGUAAACAUCAAUAUAUUAAAAAUAGAGAAUUUGAUAGAUCUCAAAUAUGUAAACACGCAUGGGACAAUGAACAUAUAGUUUAGUGGAAAGAUUCAAGUAUAGUUCUGAAAGAAAGAGAUGAUAAAAAGAGAAAAAUCAAAGAAGGAAGUUAAAUGAAACCAAUUGCGUCGCAAAUUCCUCAGCAGAAUGCAGUAGGAUGUGGUUAUCAUAUAUUAAAAGAGAAAAUCGAUAGAAAGAAAAUACCACUAUUAGUAAGUCAAUAACAUAUCUAGGAUACAUCGUUUGUAUUUUAAAAUAACAUACAUAUAAAAUCAGAGUUUGAUGUUAAUAUUGAGAGUAAACUAAAUGUAAGACAAAAUACUUACGAUGUCGAGAUAGUAUCGUAAGAUUUUUUCCUCAUUAUUUACUAUGGGAUCACUAACAGGAAAAUUUCACUGUCAUCAUUGCAUAUGGUUGUCUUUUUAAAGACAGAUCACAUAGUAGGAUUUUUCUGACAGAUAUUCUUAAGUUACAGUUGAUUUCAUAUAAUCAAAUGAACUAUCUUCCAAUAAAUUCGUCCCAUGGACUCAACUCAAACAUAUUGGCAAUUUUAAAGUCGUCUGCCUACUUUAAAAUGCAUAAUGUAUGUCUGAAUAUAUGGACGAGUCAGAUAAUUUUAAAUUAGAAGAAUUUUUUACCAAGUAACAAAAACAAAAUGUUUUGUAUUUUGAUCAUUAUUUCCGAAAUGGAAAUCGAAACGUCAAAUAAACUUAAUUUUAAAUCAAAAUUAUGGCUUAUUACCAACAAAAAUAGUAAAUUACAAAAAAAAAUAGUAAGAUUCCACAAAAAAAUAGCUUCAGAACAAUACUAAGUUAUGUUUUUCGCCUUUUUGUCGGAUAUUUACAUAUUUACUACAGAUCAAGAAUUUUCAGUAUCCAUAAUCCGAAAAUAUGGAUCCAUCAAAUCGUUACAAUUUCGUUAUAGUUAUAAUAUUCAAAUCAAUUAAAGUAAGCUUAGGUAUCAAAUAAAAAAGUGUUGAAAAUAUAAAACGUAUCUGUACAAAUUUGCCACCAUAACUGUCGAAGUCUUUAAUUUGUAAUUGGCAAAGAAUUGUGCUUUUUAGUCUAAUAAUCGUUUUUAUUUAUUUAUUUCUUAAUUUAUUUAUAUAAAUAAUCGAGUUAAUGUGAAUAAUCCUAGUAAUAUAACGCAGCAUGACAUUGUAUAUUUAUUUGAAAACUAUUAUAUUGCCCUAUUAAAAUGUGUAUAUAGUAUAAACUGAAAAGCUUUUCAUUUAUUAAGUAUUAUAAUGUCGAUUUUACAUACUUUCAAAGGUUUUUAUUAAUAUAUUAACCAAUAUGACGACUAGCAGUGUUACAAUGCUUUAAUUGUCCAAAUGUUGACAAAUUUUAGGAAAGAAAAACUCCAGUUCACUGCUACUUGUUUUUCACUAUAAGUGAAAAACUUUUAAAAAAGAUUGUUGAUCAUUUGACCCUGUGAGAAUCGAAGUUGCUUUGUGAGAAAUCAAAGUCAUAAUAUUUCAAAAAAUGAGUCCAUUUUUUAAAUUUUAAAUACAAUAAAAAUUUUUACUUGCAUUUCUAUAUUCUUUAGAAAGAUACACACAAAUACAAAAGUAAAAUAGCUAGGUAACUCAGAUUUGAGCAAGGAAGAUAAGAGGAUACUUAAAAGGGAUCAUGAACCCUAAUGAAAGCUGAAUUAGCUGGAGAUGGCAUUAAAGGUGAUGAAGAAAUUUCGAAAAACAAUCAAGAAAGUUACGCUUGCAGUAUAGAUUUGCGAAAAAUUUUACCAUUCCUACUCUCAUGUAGGUGCCUACUAAAAACGAAACCACUACUGCUACAAUUUUGGAGUACAUGAUUUUGAAAAAGAUUCUGGAUAUUUUUAUGUGUGAAAAAAACCACAGCCGGAAGAGACUCAUUUCUUCAUGACUAAUAAGUAGUGUGACCAACUCCAAUUCAGUCGAAUUCGGGACAAGGCUGAAAAGAAUAUCUGAAAUCCGGGACUUUUCAAAGAAAAUCGGGCCAUUUUGUUUAAAUAUAGAAAUUUAAUAUCAUAUAAUUACAAUUUUGUGAGUUUUGGACGUUUCGACUUCCAAUCCGGAAAUCGUUCUCACAGAAGGAAAAAUUAGAAAAUUAACUGAUGUUAGAUUUCCAUGUAAAUAUAAACUUGAUAUAAAAAUGUAAUUAUCAUUACAACCAAUUGUGGCUUAAUCCCAUCAAAAAUAUAAUUGUCAAACAUGCCACAAGAAAACAGCUUCAGAACAUUUUUAUGUUGAUUAGGUAUGUAUUGUACCCUCGGAGAUCCGUGGAAAAAAUUUACACCCAAAAUAACAAAAUUCAGUUUGGCAACACUGUGUGAAAGUUGAUAGUAACAUAUCCUUUUUAAGAUAAGCACAACUGUAAUUUAGUCGAAACAAAUUAAUAUAUUUUUUUUUGCCAACAAAAAUGAGAUUUUUCAAGCAAAUAAUGUUUCAAAUAUGAUGUGCAAAAUAAUUUUUAAUGAGGUUCUGCUAAUGGGCUUGCUUUUUAUUGUCAUUAAAGUAAAAAAAACUAAAUUUCACUCGCUAAAUCAUUAUUGUCCGGUUAUCGUCUUAAUUAUUUUAACUGUACUAAUAUUCGUCGAGUAAUUCUGAAUGAUUAAUAGGUUGUUAAAACAUUUUAGCUGUAGCGGCUUCUGGAAUAUCUUAAAAAUAUCGAAUUUCAUUGAUAAAAUGCACAUAUCAAACCGAUCUUCGCUUCGACAUUACCUACUUCUUACUAUCAUAUUUGUCGAACAAUUGAAUUUGCUUAAAAAUUAAUUUUUGAUUGUCUUGAAUGAUCGUCUUUUCAGAAGACGAUAAUUAAAAUACAGAAACGAAAAAAGUAAACAGUUUAAGUUUUCGUAGAACUAAAAUACCUCGAUAUAAAACGCAUGCGUUUUGGAUGUACUUAUUACAUUCUAGAAAUUGCCGACUUUUUUUCGUCCCAUCAAUUCAAUUUGAUGUAGGUAAGUUUUGGAAGAAUAACCUAUUCAAAAUUUAAAAGUAGAAUUUUACCAAAACGUUGAAAAUUGGGAUGGCCCGGAAACCUUAUCGGGGAAGCCGGGACACGACUUCGUAAUUCGGGCCAUGUCCCGGAUUUUUCGGACUAGUUGGUCACACUACAUAAGGCACUUGAAACUUAAUGCAAACAUUAAAAAGCAUGACACUAUUUACUGCAAUACCCGGAGGUCAAAAUCGCAACAUAAAUUAGUGUUUAGCAUUAAGAGCAAACAGUAGCGGUCAACAGGUAGCAACAAACGCGUUCCAAGAUUGCGGCUCUAAUUUUGAAUAUUUUGUCGAGAUAUUUGGCACACAUAUUCGUAAUAUAAUAAAGAAUGGCGGUACAGAGCCCAAUUUCAGAAAUAUGUUAGUAUGUGGAAAUUACUCUAUAACUAAAUAAAAUAUUGAAAAAAGGAGCCUAUACCGCCAUUAAGAAACACAAAAAAAUACACUUUUAUCCCGUACCUAGAUUUUGUGUCACAUUGGAACUACUAAAAAUCGAUUUUUUUAUAACAAGAAAUCGAACGUCACUGACUUGGCAACAUUUCGCGCCGAUGUGUAUAAAAAUUAUUGUUUUUGAUAGUAUAAACGUCACUGUCAGUGUCGUAUUACCGACGCACUGUUGCCUCACUUUUGAAAGUUCGCAGAACUUUCGCAAUCUUUGACCGCGUUUGUUGCUACCUGUUGAUCGCUACUUUGUGCUCUUAAUGAGGUUUAUUCAGUGUGAUGAGACUAAAAUCCACGUCAUAGAUCAAACGUUUUUGGUUCCAGGCCAUUCAUAUUUACCAAACGACGCUGAUUUUGGCAAUUCAGAAUCAGCAGCAAAAGAAAGGUUUUGCAGAAAGGUAAAAGGUAAGGAAAAAAAAAGAAAUAACCUCUUUGUCCAUCGCCCAUUGUCAUUCUGGCUAUAUGUCCUGUCCAUCUCCAUUUUAGUCUAGCCAUCCUUUCAAUGACGUCAGUCACCUUGGUUCUUCUCCUGGUCUCUUAGUUUUUUAUUCUGUCUCGCAGACUUAUUCCUAACAUUGACCGCUUCAUUCUUCUCUGUGCGACUUCAGUUUGCUAGCUAAGACUUUUGUUAAGGUACGUAUUUCUGCGCCGUAUGUCAAGACGUGAUGGUACAUGACAACCCUCACGGAAUUUUCCUAAUUUAUUUGUUAUAAAAAUAAGGUCAUAAUAUUAUAAUUGCAAUUUGUAUAAUUUAUUACGAUAGUAGCAAAGUCCAAGUAUUGAACUCAUUUGAAAUACUGCAAAGAAAGCACACGUCAUUCUUAAUAUACGUAUAGUACCUCACCAUAUAUGGUCAUACAUAUUGGCACUGUUUUUAACUAUAACAGAUAUAAAUAGGAAGGUCGAGUACCUGAGACAUCGUUGUUGUCGUUGCACUCUCUAGGACGCACUGAUAAAUACCUUUCUUUUUAGGCAUGUUGGCAGCUCACUUUUAAAAGUUUCUCUCAGCUUUCCAUAUGCUGCCCACCCAAGACCGAUUCUUCUCUUCAGUGCAUGAGUCUGAUUAUCCCUGCCAAUUAUAAAUUCCAGGUAUUCAUUUAUUACAUAUUCAUAUUUCAUGAUUGUUUUGUACUCUAAUCAAACCAGUAAGAUUUUAGCAGGUCUCUUGAAUGUUUAACAAGUAGAUAUAAUGACUGAUUGUAUUAGACAGUCUCUCGUCUCUCAGUACGAGCAAUCAUCACCUUGCUAUGUGUUUGCUAAAUGUUUUGGUUGAUCUAAAUCAAAAAUAACCGAAAUGUAGUUGAAAUGUGGUAUAAUGCUCAUAUGAGACAUAUCUCACUAGACAAAUCACAAUGUUACGUUCUAAUUAGCUUAAUUAGGCGUAUUCUCAUCAUUUCAACUCCAUACGACAUCCUUAAUUAUAGUUAAUAACGUAUUUUAAUGGGGCAAUAAUUGGAAUUCGUUGGAAUCUCGAAAGAAAAGCGAGUUCAGAAAGAUUCCGGUGAGCUGAAAACCGAAAAGGACGCAAAAUAUUUAUUAAUCUGUUACAAUAGUAAUAUUCGUGUGCUUGGAUAAAUGUUUUUUUGAUUUAUUUUCUAUUUGAAUGUAAUUUUUAGACACUGUGUCUAUAAAUGUAUAAAAAUUUUGUAUAUAUUUUAAUGUUUCGACAUUACAAUCUACUGUGUUGUAAUAAAAUGGAGAAUAUGU